CAAACCUCAUAGCAAACAAAAGUGCACUUCUUUGUGAUCGAAAUGACUGAAAAGGCGGCGAAUACUGACAACCUAAAGUUAGGCUUUGGGGUGUGGUUGACGUUGUGUUUUUUGGUUUGCGUUUGGUUUUUGACCAGUUUCACGAAGGGCCGGAGGCAGUUCCAGAGUAACCUCAGCGUCAUUGAAGAUGGGUUGAAGAAAAUGCAGAAGGAGGUGGAAGAAACGGAAGGUACCUGCGAUGACGAUGAAAAGGACGACGACUUAGAUGCCUUUUUGGAAAAAUUCCAAAAGGACGAAGAAUCAAGGGAAAAAGACAUCUAUGAAAGCUUUGAAGAGAGACAAACAAGGAAGAUUCUUGAACUUGGAACUGAUUUGGAUGAGUUGGAUAGGUUUUUGGAGAAAUUCCAACAGGAGGAGGAUGAACGAGAACAAUACAUGAAGAAACGGAGUGAGGAUAGAGCUCAAAGGAGAGCUAACGUCAGAGCCGUUGAAGAGAACGAGAAUAAGAAAAAUGAGUUGGUUGAAGAGAAGGAGAAACCACCAGAAUCGCCUGUGAAGAAAAUUGUAGAUAAUGGGGAGCCAAAGAAGGAAGUUUGAGUUGGUAUGGUGGAGUUUUGCUUAGGCUUACAUAUUGCUAGUGUGUCGUAUGUUCAAUUAUCAUUUAUACUGUGGUGAAAUUUGGUGGUAAGGAUGAACCGAUAGAGGAUUAAUUUAAAAUGUGACAACACUUACUUAUAUCAUUGGCUAACGUGAAUCCCCUUUCUGAAGAAGAUCAUCGUUGUGACCGAAACAUAUACAAUGAAGAAGCAUUUUAAAAAAAUAUGUGGUUUGAUUGGCCAGACAAACAUGGGGAAUUAUCAACAUUAAAAACCACAUGAUAAGUUUCAGUUCAGUUAUCGUCCGUUAUAGUUGCUUUUAUUUCAUUACAAGAAAUCUUAGAAGUUUUCUUUAUAGUGAUAAGCGAUUUUUGUUGACGUUAAUUAAUAAAAAUAAGAUAAUCAAAAGCAUCGAGGGACGAGGAAGUAUAGUGUAAUUGCAAAAUAUUUCGAAAAUGAGAUAUUAUGUUUUUUAGAUGUUAUAUGACAUGUACUUCACACAAAAUCAUGUCACUCAUUUCCGUCGGUCUGUCUGCAAAUCCUUUAGAUUUAGAUGGAAUUUGCACACCAGGUUACUAUUAUGGCAAAGUCGCAAAAGCUUUGUAAUUUUUUAAAAUCGGUCCAGUGGCGGCAGAGCCAGUGCCAAAAAUACAAAAAAAAACGCUCAAACUUGGUUUUUUAACAUUACAGCUUCCGAUCAUUUUCGAAAAAUUAUCUGUAGAGGUUAAACAUUGGGGGUUAGGGUUGUAGGGGUGGAAAAGAGUGUAUCUCAAUUUUUGUCGCUGGUAUACUCAUAUGCUUCCAACCCCGCUAAUUCUACGCACCUAUUAAUAUAUACAGGGUGUUCUGCUUAAAAUUGACCCCCACUCAACUUUUUAGCUUAACCUUUCAAAAGAGAAAGUUAUAUAUAAGUCUAGUACAACAGUUUUUACGCGGUAUCUUUUCUAUUUACAGAAUGACUCACAAAAGUGCCAGCGAACUAAGUUGUAUUUUUUAAAAGUAACACAUGUACAUUUUCAGUGAAGAUUAUUGUUCUUUUCUUUUUUCUUUCGAAAAAUGUAAUUCUAAAUUCUACAUUGAUCGGUUGUUAUUUUGUUAAAAAUAAACUUUAUUCUAUACCAAUUACAUUUUUGUAAUUUUAGACAAAUGGGACAAUGGUUAAUAUGCUGUUACAAAAGCUAUUACGACAGACUGAUGGUAGAUUUAGACAGUGGACCUAAAUAUUAAAUAAGUUUCAUGUAUAGAUAGGUUUGACGUUUUCCCGUUACCCCGAUAUCGGGUACUUAAGCUUUAUGUUUAGCCAACAAUUGCACACUAUCGGUUUUUGAAAAAUUGAGUUCUAUUUUGUUAAAGCCAUAAUAUUCUGCUGAGAAAGUGUCUGUUGGAGUUUUUCGUUAUGUCGCAUUCACAUAUUGGGCCAACAUAGUCAAAUCCCAAUAUGUGAAUGAUGAAUCAAAGUCAACAUUAGCUCCAAUGUAUUAAUGCUACAAUUUAUGUAUACCAAAACUCAUCUUGAUAUAUCACUGCUUUCGAGAAAUGUAAUAUAUAUUCUGUAAGACACUCUUAAGUGUAAAGAAAUUGUAAUUUUAAAAGCAUUUUAUUUGAUACCUUCAAUAUAUGCCAUAUACCUUCUAUUAUUUAUUAUGAUAAUAUGUUUGUGAAUAUUUAGAUACAUCUAUCUUUGAUCGUUCGAUAAUAAUGUUAUUACAAUUAUCAAGUAUUUUUUAAUUCUAAGGAAAUUUUUUAUCCUAAUCUGAUAAUUACUGUUACAGCUGGUACUUAUAGUUAUUGUCUGAUAAGAGACCGUACGAGUCGGCACAUGUGUUAAGCAAUUAACAUCUUGACUGUGAAGAUUUGUUUUGAUUCAAGUUUAAAUAAAAGAUAACUGAUAAGAUCAUGUGUGGGGCCUAUUUAAUUUUUUUAUGCACCGUAAGUGCAUCACCAGGAUAUUUUUUGGAAAAUAAAGAG